CGACGGAGAGCAACAUGAUUUUGUCUAUAAUAUUGAGUUUACUAGCGAUACCCUCAGGCGUAAUAUUUUACUUGAAAUGGAUUGCAACUUUGAUUGUAAUACGGUUGUAUAAGAGAUUCCAUCGCAGAAGACUAGAUGUGUAUGACAUAAAUGCAAGAAAAGAUCCCGAAAAGUUAGGAUUCUUGGCACCUAAUAUAGAAAUACAACUAGAGUCGCCAUAUCCAGAAUCUCAUUUAGUAACUGCUGCUGACGAAAUCUUUUUCUACGGAGUAAAUUCGAGCAGCGAAUGUUUGAUUGCUAGGAUAGCAAGAGGUGGUGGUGGAGAGGCCGAGGCAUGGAUAUACCUGAAGUUGAAAGACGGACGAACUUACCAUCUCAAAGAAACUUCCGGAUACGAACGGAACCUGGGAGAAAGGGUAUUCAGCUGUGGAGGGCUGCAGAUGUCUUUCGAGGCGCCCAUGAGAAGGUGGAGGAUAGUCUACAAUGGACUUCUCAGAUGGAAAGCUUCUUCUGACAUAUGCGACCUUACUUCGGAUAUGCAUGAUUCUUUGACCGCGAAAUCCAUCGCCAAAGCAAGUUGGAAAGUUCCCUUCAUGCCGCCCAUCAACGAAAUAUUUGAUAUCCUCAUCCGCUUUACAGGCAUUCCAUUGACAGUAAAAUUCAGUGAAGAAAUAUCCCAAGUUCCUGAAAUAUCGGGUGGAAAAGGAGCCUCACUAGGAAAGCUCACGAAACUCAGCGAAGAAGAUAAAACGUUCGUUGUUCCAAACGGCAUUGUUGUGACCACAUCUGCAUAUUCAGAAUUUCUGACACGAGAAAUUGAAGAUGAGAUUCGAGAUUUAGAAGAUAUUGCUUAUGGAAACGUUAAGGGUGACGUAAGCAAAGCGUGUGAAAAAGUUUCUGCAAUCGUAGUUAGGACAUCGUUACCAGACAAAAUUUGUAAUGAGAUUGAAAAGCAACUCAAUACUCUAUUCGACAACAAAAUAAAUCUUCAUAAGUUUGCUGUGCGGUCUUCGGCUACAGGGGAAGAUACCGAGCAAAUGUCUGCUGCUGGACAAAUGGACACCUUUUUAGGUGUACAUGGAUUGAAAGAGAUUUUCACUUCAAUCAAGAAAUGUUGGGCGUCUCAGUUUGGAUACAUAGCUGUUGAAUACAAAAGGCGUUAUGGACAACCGCUGAACUCACCAAUGGCAGUUGUAAUACAGGAAAUGGUGGCAUGCGACGUGGCUGGAGUCCUUUUUACAUGUGAUCCUUUGACAAGCAACCCAUCUUUGAUUACGAUUACUGGAAACUAUGGACUUGGAGAGACUGUUGUUUCGGGAUCAGAAGAACCAGACACAGUGACUCUUCAGAGAGAAAACGGUGGAGUUUCCAUUAAAAAUAUGACCCUUGGUGCUAAGAAUCGCCGAAUCGUCAUGCAAGGGGAUGGCGGUGUUAUAACUGAAGAUGUGCCGGAAGAGGCUAAAGAUAAAUGUUGCAUACCUGAAGUAAUGGCAAUAAAGUUAGGAAAGUUAGCAAUAAAGAUUGAAAAGUACUACAAAUCACCAAGAGAUAUAGAAUGGGGAAUUUGUGAUAAAGACGUCUAUAUUUUACAGUCCCGUCCAGUGACAAGUGGCGCGUUGGAAACCGAUUUCGAGAUCAAACAUGAAUUUGAUUCUCCACUGCGAUGUGAAUUGGAAUCAUUUUCCAAAGCCAACGUCGGGGAAGUUUUGCCGGGAGCAACAUCACCUUUGGGAAUAGAUCUUAUUUUUAAUUACUUUCGGGUCGUUUUCCAGCAUGAAGCUAAAGGCAGAUCCGUUGUCAACACCUUCUUAUGGAACAAUUAUUUUCCAUCCGGUAUGGUGCAUUUCUACAACCAAGUGUUUAUGAUGGUCGCUGAUAUGCUGAGUCGGCUGGGCAAACCGGAAUCUCUGAUGUCCCAGGGCACAAUGAUCGGUAUCUUCGGAAGAUUGCUGGACGAUGAAGAAACUUUCCAGGUGGCAGAAGAAAGGUACGAACAAAUUGACAAAGUGGCCCCAAUGACGCUGAGAAAGAUGAUCAAAAACUUAUUUUUCGGAUUUGCAGGAUCAGAAAAGAUAAAAAACCAUGUUACAAAUUUCUCCUUUCCCACUACAGAACUGAAAAACUCCCGAGAAAUGUUUCAAACCAUAACAAAGUCAUUUUCAGAGUUCAAUGAUGCCUUUGAAAUUCACAUGCGAUGUUCUGAAGGAUCAAUGAUGUGGAACAUGUUCUUAUUCAAUUUGUUGGGAAAGAACAAAGGAAGAUUUGAUAAUGAUGUAUACGGUGAUUUUGCUCGACUUUUAUCAUCGUCAUCUAAUGUUGAAAGUGCUGACGUACCAGCAGCGAUGAAGGAAUUAGCCAGAUGGAUUGUGCAAGAAAAAAAAAGCGAAGAAUUUAAAGCAAUGCCAGUGGAGGAUGCUUUAAAAUGGCUUGAAUCUUCAAGCAGUGUAGCAGGGUACAAGUUCCGGAUGUUCUUAAAGAGACAUGGGCACAGGUGCUUGAAAGAGUUUGACAUCCGAUCAAAGCCUUGGGGAGACGACCCAAAAUCGCUCAUCCAGCUUUUGCAGAAUCUUUCUGCAAGUUGUGAAGAAACAUCAAGAAAGUCGGAUGACAGCUAUGAUAAAAUAUUUUCCGAAUUGAACACUCCACUGGGCUUUAAAUCAAGAUGUCUGAUUCGGUUCCUGCUUCCUAAUUGCCGAAGAGCCGUUGGAGAAAGAGAACAAUGCAAAUCGAUGCUUAUCAAGGCCAUAGACAACUGGAGAAAAGGUUUUCUUCAUCUCGGCAAACUGAUGGUCUCGGAAGGUCGCAUUCCUGACCAUGAUUUCAUUUUUUUCCUCACGUUGAAUGAACUUCGAGAGCUGCUUGAAACCAGAUCUCCGAAAAUAAUGGCAAAGGUUAUUCGUAGACGGAAAUUGCACCCAACACUGGAUAAAUACAUGUUUCCUGAAAUGGUUAAAGGUGUUCCUCAACCGAUGAAUGACGAAACAAAUAUGAACUUUGAAAAUGUAGCAGAUUUGACAAUGAAAGGUAUCCCUGUCAGUCAAGGCGUUACAAGAGGUUACGCUAGAGUGGCAUUGUCUCUCGAAGAAGCGGCACAUUUGAAGCCUGGCGAAAUACUGAUCACUUAUAGCACGGAUAUCGGCUGGAGUCCAUAUUUCCCUAUUCUUUCCGGCGUGGUUACAGAGCUCGGCGGCCUCAUAUCACACGGUGCUGUAGUGAGUCGUGAAUAUGGGUUACCCUGCGUGGUUGGACUUCAUGGAGCUACCAGGCAAUUUCAAACGGGUGAUUUUGUUUUGUUGGAUGGCAACAAAGGAAUUCUACAGAAACUUCCAAAACCGGAACCAAGUGAAAAUAUUCAAAGUUGAUAUGUGCUCAAAGCACAGAACGUUUUGCAGGAGAAAAAAAAAUGUGAUUUUUCUCAUACGCUGGUAAAACUUAUAAAAUAUACAUUUCUUGUACAUUUAUUUUUACUGUAUGUGCAAUACUUACUUAAUAGCCAAAAAAGUAAAAAAGUAAAGCUCAACAAAUGGAUUUUACUUGUAUUAUUUU